CGCCUCGAUUGCUUCGUCUCGAUUGCUUCGUCUCGAUUGCUUCGUCUCGAUUGCUUCGUCUCGAUCGUCCCCGGUCUGUCUCCAUUCAGCCUUUACCCUAGCACAUCUCCAGCUCGCAAUGUCCGAAGUCGCUCUGCCCAAGCUCGACAUCAAGUUCAACGUCAACAACCGCUACUUCCUCACGGGAAUCUCGGGCGAAACGCGGGUCAUCACCAGUGAGCACGUCAAACCCAACCAGAAGCUGCAUGUCAGCGAGUCCAGCGGCUGUGAAUUUGUCGUGGAUGCCACCACAAGCAAAAUAUGCAUCGAGCGGUGCAACGACAUGGUCGUCAAGAUCAACGGAAGGAUGAUUGCCAGCACCGUGGAGGUUUGGCUCUCCAACAACGUCACGUUUGAGAUCAAUGUCCCGGCGCUCACUCUGCAGGCCGAGCAGUGCCGAACCGUGACGUUCCACUUCAACACCCGCCAGAACUUCCAGUCCCUCUACUGGAACCGCUGCUUGGAUAUUGCCUUUGAGUUCCGGGACGAGCCCGAGCUGCCCAAAGAAAAACUGACGAGCGGCAUUCGAGUCGCAUGCACCAUGUUCAAGAGUCUGUAUAGCACGGAUCAGUUCCUCGUGGAGUUGCAGGAGGGAAACCAGGGUCUGUCGCUCCACAAAACGGCUCGAAACAGGCUGGGCUACAUCUGCCGGAUCGUUAAUGCUCCUGUUGAUUCGGAAAAGGAGGGUAGCGAGUAUCAGGCGCACUAGUGGAAGGAAAUGGGGGGGGGAUUCGAUUGGAGCCAUUUGGUCAAUUCUAUUGUUGCGGGAGAGCAGCUCGUAUCUGUAUGUGGGCUGCGGCCAUGGCUUUGGUGACUCGGUCUCCUCGACUCGGUCUGCGUAUACGCCAUGAACAAGAUGUGAAAGGAGUCCCAUUCACGGUCUAUGAAAAACAGUCUAUCCAGAAAAAAAAACGGGACAGUCACUUCCUGGCUUCAGAUGUCUGAAACCCGCUGACUGACUGUAGGCCCAGCGGGCAAGCCAUGCGAUUGUUUCCCGUCCUGGUUGGCAAUCUCUUUGUUUUGGUUGGUUUGGGAAGCAUG